AUGGGACGUAUCCUCUUCAUCACCAUCCGCAGCGGCGAGGCCCAACUGCAGGUGCUGCGGCAGGUGAGCGAGUCCUUCACCAAGACCGACCUGCGUGCAUUUGCUGACGCACUGCACACCGGUGACAUUCUCGGUGCCACCGGAGUGCCGGGGCGCACCGCGAAAGGGGAAUUGUCCCUCUACGCAACGGAGGCCUCCAUCUUGGCGCCGUAUGUCUGCACGGACCAGGCGCUGUGCCCCGAUCUGAGGGGCUUCGUGCCGCUCACGGACACUGACAUCAAAUACCGCUACCGAUUUGUCGACAUGAUGUCCAACCCGUCCGUCCUGCAGCAUUUCCGAAAGCGCCACGCCAUCACCCGCGCUCUACGGGACUACCUCGACGCGCGCAGCUUCAUCGAGGUGGAGACGCCGGUGCUGCAUUCCGUCGCCUCAGGCGCGAGCGCGAGGCCGUUUAUCACGCACCACAACGCUAACGGCGCAGACCUCUUCCUGCGGGUGGCUCCUGAGCUUCACCUGAAGCAGUGCGUUGUGGGCGGCAUGGAGCGCGUGUACGAGAUCGGCCGCGUGUUCCGAAACGAGGACGCCGACCGUAGCCACAACCCCGAGUUUACCACGUGCGAGUUCUACGCCGCCUAUCACACCUAUGAGGAUCUGAUGGUCAUGACGGAAGAGAUCAUGCGGCACUUGGCGCUCGCGGCGAACGGCACCACCAAAGUUGUUGUGACGUCGUGCGUAGCGAAGGAACCCGUGGAAAUCGACUUUGAGCAGCCAUUUCGCCGCGUUAGCGCAUACGACGCAGUGCAGGAGGCAGCCGGCGUCGAGCUGCCACCCCCGACUGAGUUGAACACGCCGCGUGGGCUGGCGUACAUGUCUGCCAUUAUGCUCCGCUACAACAUCCCGCUUCCAUCCGUACGCACAGCUGCCAAGAUGUUCGACAAGCUCAUCGACUACUUCAUCACUGAUCGCGUGGUGGAGCCGACGUUCGUGACAGGCCAUCCGCUUUUCAUGAGCCCGCUGGCGAUGGAGCAGCGUGCGCGGCCGGGGCUGUCGGCUCGCUUCGAGCUUUUCAUCAACGGCAUUGAGUACUGUAACGCGUACAGCGAGCUGAAUGAUCCGCAGGAGCAGUACUACCGUUUUCAACAGCAACUACUGGACAGGCAAACCGGCGACGACGAGGCGAUGGCCCUGGAUGAAACGUUUCUGAAGGCGCUGCAGGCUGGGCUGCCUCCGACGGCGGGAUGGGGGAUGGGGAUUGACCGCGUCGUCACCCUCCUCAACGGGUCCGCUAGCAUCCGCGACGGCAUUUUAUUUCCUCUACUCCGCCACGACGCCACGUCGCACGAUGCAAGGCGCAGGUGUAAGACGGCCUCUUUUUUCGGCUUCAAUCGCAACAUGACGCUGUUCUGUCUCAACGCGCUCGAAGAGGAGAUGCUGAAGCGUGCAGCCCCGACUGAAUCGCUCGAGAAGAUCCGCCAGCUGCGCCGGUACCUGUCCACGAUGCCGCAGCGCGACAUGAUGACGUACGCACCCGAGGGUAGCGCAUCGCGAGGAUGGCGCUACGAGGCAACCAUGGCCAUACUUCGCUUCUUCUGCUGCGGUGGCAAGUACUGA